UUUUUUUUUUUUUACAAUUGAAGGAUUCAUGGAUGAACAUUAAGAUGCAAUCGCUGCAAAUAACAUUGGUGCUGUAAAUGUCCUUUGCUGGUGUUUUUCAUUUGUUGAUACUCGUUGCAUCUUAUAGGAUAAAAGACAGAUCUGUCAAGCUUCUACCUUCGGGCUCUUUUGUUUUAUCUCCCCCCCACUGAACUUAUCAGGUGGGGGGGGGGGAAGGGUAAGGCCUAAACUAUGGAGUCCAACCCAGACAGCCCAAGUCGGGCUGUGGAGUACCUUCUGGAACUCAAUAACAUCAUCGAGAACCAGGCCAAACUGCUAGAAACUCAACGUAAACGCAUUGAGGAGCUCGAGACGCAGCUAGACCGGGUCAACCAGGAGAACCAGGACCUGCGGCAGGACAGGAACCCAGGAACCGAGAAAUCGCAGCAGAUCCACAACUACAACCAGAGCUCAAAGCCCAGCCAGCCAUCAUCACUACCAAACCACAAUGCCGGAGGCGUCAUUCAGAACAGCAGCAGUAAUAUACCCUCAUCCACAGUGCCUGGUCCAGCUCGACGGACACACACGAGGCUGACCCGAGGCCUGUCAUGUGGGUCAGCUCCUGUUGAGAAAGAGAGAAGCCGACUGGAGCGCAAUGACAGCUCUGGGACCAACAACACCUCGACUCUACGGAAACAUGAGGAGGAAACCCAGAGUUCAGCUUCACGUCCCUUUUCAGACAAUUCCAGCAGUAAAUCUCCUUACGUGUACCGCUCUGACCGUUACGGGGACAACAGCUGCGGCCCCCCAGGCCCCCGGGUGCCUUUUGUGCCCCCUCCAAGCCCAGCCAGUCUUGCCUGGGCACAGCGUACACGCAACCAACCAGCUAGCCUGGCCCUACGUAAGCAAGAGGAAGAGGAAAACAAGAGGUGCAAAGUCCUAUCAGACAGCUAUGAACUCUCUACAGACCUACAAGACAAGAAGGUGGAGAUGCUGGAGAAGAAAUAUGGAGGCUACUUCGUAAGUAGACGAGCAGCGCGUACCAUCCAGACAGCAUUCCGUCAAUAUCGUAUGAACAAGAACUUUGAGCGCCUCCGCAGCUCAGCUUCUGAGAGCCGCAUGACACGCCGCAUCAUCCUUUCCAACAUGCGACUGCAGUAUUCGUUUGAUGACCGACACCCUCAACCUCCCACCCCGACUCACUACAGUCACAGUCCAGGAAUGGGUCCUCCGCAUUCUCCAACCUGCACCACAGAGCCAAGCUCCCCAUCACGGCCGGAGUACACUCACCUUGAGGACUCCUUCUCUAAACAAGUGAAGUCUUUGGCCGACUCCAUUGAUGAUGCCCUAACUUGUCGACCACGCCGUGAUGACUCCCAGGAAGGGAUAGGGGACGGAAGUGGUGUUGUGGAUGACUUUGGCGAGUGCAUAUGGAGCAGCAACAGCCACGCAUCCUUACGGAGAGGCCUUGCAGACAGGGAUCGAGGAGGUACAGGGGGCUUGAGCAUGCACGAGGAUAGCACAGCCACCUCCUACAGCGAUGUCACACUUUACAUGGACGACGGACUACCUUCCUCGCCGCUUUCUCUAGACCGGGCCCCUAGCAGCACAGACACUGAGUUCUGGGGGGGUGUUGGAAGCGGGGUAGGUGGUAGGGAGGAUAGCCGUGACACAGAGGGAGGAGGAAGCAGCAAUAGUCGCCGAAGCACACCUUGCACAGAGUGCCGUGAUUACCGUUUACGGGGAGGGCACUUGCCACUACUUACAAUUGAACCACCUAGUGACAGCUCCGUGGACAUGAGUGACCGCUCAGACCGAGGCUCCCUCAGCAGACAACUGGUGUAUGAGCAGGAUUCAGUGGGAGGGUCACCUCAAGGUACACUAAAACACAACCCUAAUGCUCGUUCAACAUCCUCGACAGCUGCACAAGGUCAAACACGUCCAGCUAGCCGAUCGAUACCGUCGCAUAUCCCACACCACAUGGCUCACCAUCAUCACCACCACCACCACCACCACCAUCACCAGUACCCCGACACUCCUUCGUCCUCCUCCUCUCCUCAACAGCCCCCAACCACACCACUCUCAUCCUCCUCUUCAGCACCCCUGCCACCUGGUGGCUUGGAGCAGCAGUGCUGCUCAGAUGGUGAUAAUGACUCACUGAACUCCACCACAAACUCUAACGAGACCAUUAAUUGCAGCUCAGGCUCUUCGUCAAGGGACAGUCUGCGGGAGCCCCUGCCCCCAUUAGGAAAACAGACCUACCAGAGAGAAAGCCGGCACAACUGGGACUCUCCUGCCUUUAACAACGAUGUGGUUCAGAGAAGACAAUAUCGCAUUGGACUCAACCUCUUCAACAAGAAGCCGGAAAAGGGUAUUCAGUACCUGAUUGAAAAGGGCUUUGUGUCAGACACACCAGUGGGCAUCGCUCGCUUCAUCCUGGAGAGAAAAGGUCUGAGUCGGCAGAUGAUUGGAGAGUUCCUUGGAAACAGACAGAAACAGUUCAACAAAGAUGUAUUGGAUUGUGUUGUGGAUGAAAUGGACUUUUCUGGAAUGGAUCUCGAUGAUGCUUUGAGGAAAUUUCAAGCUCAGAUAAAAGUGCAAGGAGAGGCCCAAAAAGUGGAAAGACUUAUUGAGGCUUUCAGUCAGAGGUACUGUGUUUGUAACCCAGCACUGGUAAGACAGUUCCAGAACCCAGACACCAUCUUCAUCCUAGCAUUUGCCAUCAUCCUCCUCAACACAGACAUGUACAGCCCCAAUAUCAAAGCGGAGAGGAAGAUGAAGCUGGACGAUUUCAUCAAAAACUUGCGAGGGGUGGAUAAUGGUCAGGACAUCCCACGUGACUUACUAGUUGGAAUCUACCAGCGCAUUCAGAAGUGGGAACUGAGGACCAAUGAUGACCAUGUUUCUCAGGUCCAGGCGGUGGAGAGAGUCAUUGUGGGCAAAAAACCUGUUCUGUCUCUGCCCCACCGCAGACUGGUGUGCUGCUGUCAGCUCUAUGAAGUCCCGGACACCAACCGCCCUCAAAGGUCUGGAGUCCACCAGAGAGAGGUCUUCCUGUUCAACGACCUGAUUGUGGUUACAAAGAUCUUCCAGAAGAAGAAAACCUCCGUAACAUACAGUUUCAGACAGUCCUUCCCUCUUGUGGAGAUGCAGGUUCACAUGUUCCAGAACUCCUACUAUCCUCAUGGUGUCAAAUUAGCAUCAGCCAACCCGGGCGGUGAGCAUAAAGUUUUGAUCGUGUUCACGGCCCCUAGUCAACAGGACCGCACACGGUUCGUCAGUGAUCUGAGGGAGAGCAUUGCUGAGGUGCAGGAAAUGGAGAAAUACAGAGUAGAGUCUGAAUUGGAGAAGCAGAAGGGAGUAAUGCGGCCCAGCCUGCUCACCAACAGCAUGAUGACAGGAGUGGGUGGAGUCAAGAAUGAAGUGGUGAAUGGCACUAUGGGAAGGCCUAGUUUGGAUGAUAACUAUUCACCAGGAGAGGGCCUCAAACGCACUGCUCUCAGCUCCUCACUGAGGGACCUGUCUGAAUCAGGGAAACGUGGCCGCAGAAACAGCGUUGGUUCCCUUGACAGUACAAUGGAAGUAAGUCUGAGUGAAGCAGAGGGUUCCAUCAUUAGCAGUCCACGGCCUCACCAGCGUUAUCCAGUAGCCACUGUUCUCCCGGGAUGCUAUGGAGCAGAAGAUUACCGGCCUCACCGCCCCAUCCUGAGCCCCGGAGUGGGGGUGGGGGGUGGGCCGGGGCAGCAACACACACCUGCGGUGACUGGCGCUGGGCCAGUCUCCAGCAGCACCGAGAGAGGAACGACUGGAAUGGGGACUGGGAGCAACAGCAACAACACCGGUUCCUUCCUGGGCUCCCUUUUUGGGGGCAAACGGUCCAAAGCGCCGGGUCCUAUUAUCCCCCCGGGGCCACCUUACCCCGCCCCUGUGGCCCCGCCGACUACAGGAGGGCCGCCGCCUCUGUCCCCGUCCUCGCUUUGCCCGGGGGAGGGCGGGGGUCCUUCCAAGAUCCAGGCCCUGCACGCCCAGUACUGCCAUACUACCAGCAACAAUGUCAGUGGACAGCCUCCACCCCCGUACUACCACCACCACCGCUUCCAUACACAGACCGCACCUACAUCUGGGCCGCCGGGCCUCCAUACUCUUCAGCGGGUCACCUUGCCUCGACGACCACUCCCCAACCCCUCCGCACAAUCCCCGUACCAGCCGAUCUCCCAGCAUACUUUGCAGGGUCGCUACGGGAGCAUGGGCAACAUGGGCUCCGGCCACCCUCCCCCCCUUUCUCCUCACUCCCCACUCUCCCCUCAUCCGCAGUUUGCUCUGUUCCACACGCAGCCCACACACUCGGCCAGAGGCGGCAUCAGCAAGCCCCCUCUCACCCUGUCGCACUCUCAGCCGCACCCGCACGCACACUCCCACACCCACCCCGUGCAUGUGCACACGCCGCACCCGGGCUCCCACCCCGUGCACCAACCUCACUUCGUAUUCGCCAGCCCUCCGCCCCCGCCCUUCCCAGCUCCAACUCAGCCGCCUCCAGUCUCCGCGUCCGGCACUGUCCACCACGGGCCGCCGGCCGCCCAGUAUCUGCCCCAGUAUCCUCCGUUGGGCUCUAUUCCCCCUCCCCCCCCCCCACUCCCCUUUACCCCCCCCUUCCUCCCCCCUUAUCCCUCUUACGCCUCUCUCCCCUCUCCCCCCCCAGCACCAAGGCCCACCUUCCCAAGCCGGGGGUCAGCAAGGGCCCUCGCCGGCCCAGAGUGGGGCCGCACCUGGGGGGACGGGCACAGUCGAACGCGCCAAAUCCAAACCUACCAACCGAAUCAGCACGGUAGUGUGAGCCGGGGGAAGUCGCGAGGCUGGGGGACGCUGAAGGGUCCUUUGGUAAUCGGAGGGGGGACCUCUGCGAGGGUGGAGGAGGCGGGCAGCGGCAGGGCCAAAUCUGAUAAUAAUGCCAGCGGGAAAAAGAAACGCAGCCUGCUAAGACUCUGCUACUUUCACCUGCGCUUCCCACAAGUGUGAUCGAAGGGACUUACCGAGCCAAAACUGCCACACAGAUAGUUGAAGGCUCUUAGGUAGAUUAGUGCUGUGGGAAAUAUACUAGACAACAAUAAAGAGAAACAAUUAGGACACUUUUUUUCAGUUCAGCUGAUGUAGAUGGGUUGGUGACUGCCAACUGACUUCUUGGCUUCUUCUUAAAUUCCAUAUUCAGACAAGAAAUAACCUACUAAAGCAUGUAAAAGACACGUGGACAUGCACACACAAACUCGAACAUAAAAUUGUCCACAGUCUUGUUUUUAGUUGCGUAGAGCCAUAAAGCUAGGGUAAAAUGGUUGCAUUCUGCAUUCAUCAUCGCAGGCAUUGGAGAAACUGUACCUUGUUUGACCUGGGAACCUGUUUAGGAAAUGUGAAGACCAGAGAGCAUACGAAUAACAUUGUGCUGCUGGACAGAUCAAAGCACAGUAUGUUCAGUGAGUUCAUACAUUCCAGUAAUCAUGUUAAGCAUUAGUCGCUAUAGCAUUCGCAAGAUGCAAUAAUCUUUUCACUUAAUUGAUGUCCAGCUUCUACUUGCUAAAUAAUUUCAAAUGCUCUAUUGCUCUUUUUGUAUACAUCUAUAACAUUGACAUAUAUAAUAGAGAUAAAUCCACAAAGCAAAUAUCUUACACCUGGUAUGAUUGUUUAAAGUAAGUAUUGGCCUGACCUCUUCCACUCUUAACACUAGUCAGCUGUAAAACGCCUUGUAUGUGGAUGUGCUGUUUGUAAUCAUCCUAGAAUCACUUUCAGUAUUAUUACCAUGUGUAAAAUUAUAUGAAAUUUUAACACAAAAUAAUAUUUCAGUAAUGUUAAAUAUAUAAAUAUAUAUCAG